AUGCAGCGGGCAGUAAGCAUGGUGGCCUAUCUGGGCUUGCGUCUGCAGGCGCUCCCGUCGGCCCUGGGCCGUCCACUCAGUUGUGCACAGGACGUGCUCCGCAGGACACCACUCUAUGAUUUCCACCUGGCUCAUGGCGGGAAGAUGGUGGCGUUUGCAGGCUGGAGUCUGCCUGUGCAGUACCGGGACAGUCACGUUGCCUCACACCUGCACACACGCCGGCACUGCUCACUCUUUGACGUGUCCCACAUGCUGCAGACCAAGAUACUUGGUUGUGACCGGGUGAAGCUGAUGGAGAGUCUAGUGGUUGGAGAUAUUGCAGAGCUAAGGCCAAACCAGGGGACGCUGUCACUGUUUACCAAUGAGGCUGGAGGCAUCUUAGAUGACUUGAUCGUGACCAGCACCUCUGAGGGGUACCUGUAUGUGGUGUCCAACGCUGGCUGCUGGGACAAGGACUUGGCCCUCAUGCAGGGCAAGGUCAGGGAGCUUCAGAACAUGGGCAGUGAUGUGAGUUUGGAAGUGGUGGAUAAUGGCUUGCUAGCCCUGCAAGGCCCCACUGCGGCCCAGGUAUUGCAGGCCGGCGUGGCAGAUGACCUAAGAAAACUGCCCUUCAUGACCAGUGCUGUGAUGGAAGUGUUUGGUGUGUCCGGCUGCCGUGUGACCCGCUGUGGCUACACAGGAGAGGAUGGUGUGGAGAUCUCAGUGCCAGCUGCAGGGGCAGUCCACCUGGCAACAGCUCUGCUGGAAAACCCAGAGGUGAAGCUGGCAGGGCUGGCGGCCCGGGACAGCCUACGCCUGGAGGCAGGCCUCUGCCUGUAUGGGAGUGACAUUGAUGAACACACCACACCUGUGGAAGGCAGCCUCAGUUGGACAUUGGGGAAGCGCCGCCGAACUGCCAUGGACUUCCCUGGAGCGUCGGUCAUUCUUCCUCAGCUGAAGGGCAAAGUGCAGCGGAGACGUGUAGGGUUAAUGUGCGAGGGGGCACCUAUGCGGGCACACAGCCCCAUCCUGAAUAUGGAGGGCACCAUGAUUGGUACUGUUACCAGUGGCUGCCCCUCUCCCUGCCUGAAGAAGAAUGUGGCCAUGGGUUAUGUGCCCUGUGAGUAUAGUCGGCCAGGUACCCCGCUGUUGGUAGAGGUGCGGCGGAAGCAGCAAAUGGCUGUGGUCAGCAAGAUGCCCUUUGUGACUACAAAUUACUAUACCCUCAAGUGA